GCACGGGGAGAACAUGCAAACUCCACACAGGCGGGGCCGGAGAAUGAAACCGGGUCCUCAGAACCGUGAGGCUGACGCUCUAACCAGUCGGCCACCGUGCCGCCCAAAUUAUUAUCGAGAAUUUUAAAAAACCGCUCAACAGAGUUAUCACAUAGAAUUAACAUAUACAUUCCGUACAUGUGUGAUUUAAGCGUUAUGCAAUCCGAUAAAUGUGACGUGGUGACAUACAGAGUGUUCAAAGGCUCUGGCGCUGGCAUCGGCCUCCCCUUUUGUUUAGCGUCGGUGGUACGGUCCAGUCCACCGCCGGGAAAUCGGCAAUAUGGCGCUGCAGAGGUUUUCAUCUUCAUGUUGUCGCUCGUUUCUGCGCCAACCAACUUCACUUGCAGCGUCACUACAAGCAGGCUGGGUUGGGUGGCGUUUCGGAGCGAGAAGGCAUCUGCUGUCUGAGGAUGUCGUCAGACUUGAAGAUUUCCAGCGAAGGAAGCUGGCAGUGGCUCACCUUCUCACUGGAACAGAUGGGAAUUUUAUCGAAUUGUUCGGCCGCCAGCUGCAGAGGAACAGCCUGAUUUUGCGAGACGACCUCAAGCUGCUGCUCCACUUGUGUCAGUCUACGGAGGACAUGAAGACGGCCCGAGACGCCAUUUAUAGGUACCAUGCAGAAAACAGGAACGUGGCGCACGGGGAGUUCAAGUUUGGCCCCGUCUUCAUGAGACUGUGCUACGAGCUGGGACUGGAGAAGAUGGCCGCCGCUACGCUUACCGAUAAGGAAAUGAGAGGUUUUUUCGGCGACCCCACUUCCUUCAACAUCGCCAUAGACAUGUUAUUCGUGAAAGGCUGUCAUGAAGAUGCCCUGGAGGUGUUGUGGUCCAUGAGGAGCCAAAGUGUGCCGUUCAACAAAGACACGCUGAUGCUGGCGUCUGCUGUCUGCUAUAAACUGAACUCGACCGAGUCGCACGCAAUCUGCACGUCGCUCAUCGAGGAGGCUCAGGUCAAAGGGCAUUUUGUCCCCAGGCACGCUUACUGCUUUGCUGUGGCUUUAGCACUCAAACAGAAUGACAUUGAAAAGGCACAACUACUGUUUUCGCAAAUCAUGAGCACAGACAGUCGACUGUGCCAAAACCUAAAGGUUUUGCUACUGGCGAUGUCCGGAGAGACACAAGAGGCCGUUACGAUCCUUUUUUCUGCGGCCAAACUCUCGAAAGGCCCGUCCUUUGUCAGGAAGCCGGAAUUUUCUCAAGAGGUGUUGGAUCAGCUGCGCCUGCGGGCCGAGGGCGGCGAGCGAGCGGCCGAAGCCGAGCGGGUGCUUUCGCAGCUGGAGCGCGCCGGUCGGGUGACGCGGCGGACCCUGGACGACAUGCUGUGCCACGCGCCCUCCCCCAAGAGGAGAGCGGCCCCCAUCGUGGAGCAGAGGCGGACCAGCAGGAGGACCCUGAAGCCGCUUCACUCCACGCUGCUGUCGGAGUGACGUUCUCCGCUUAAUGCUGGACAUCAGCCACCUUGCUGUGUUGCAUAUUCAAAAUAUGGUGACUAGGAAAAAGAAAUGUCCGAAAAUAUGGGCCCCUUGGUUGCGUAUUAUAAUUAAUAUACUGUUCAGCUUUUUUUUUUUUUUUUUAGGAUGUACAGUCAAUGCAAUAGUGUUCAACAAAAUUGUGAUGAUUGCAAUAAUAUGAUAAAAAUAAUUUGGUAUACAUUUACAUUUUAGAUUAUUUUGAUACAUUAUACCAGUGAUUCUCAAAGUGUUACUGGGACCACAGGUGGCAUGCUGGCUCCCUCUAGUGGUAUAUGAAAAAAUAACUGCUUAGGUACAGUUCAGCUGUAUUUAACUUUUAUAGUACAUUCGAACUUAAUCUUUAAGAACUGUUUUUUUUCCUUAGUUAAUUUUCAGGUCAAUUCUUAUUCAACUCGUGUAAUUUAUUUGUAAUUGUAACAUUAUUCAAGAACAGGUUUUUUUCUAAGCUCUCUUUUAAUGCUCAACCAGCAGAAGGAUUCUGUUGCUUCCAGUCAUUACAUAUACUAUUUAUGAAUAAAACCCUCUGUGUUGUUUUUUAUGAAUACUUUGGCUUACUACGUGACUGUAGUUUAAUGUUGUUUAGUAGUCACAACAGUAGUACUUGGAAAGCGCAGUCGUUUUUUUAGGUGGUACUUAGUGUAAAAAUUGUGAGAACUACUAAAUUGAGCUAUUAACCAAAAUGACAAAAUAGUGUCUGAAAAUUUAAUCAACGAUCAGGCUGGUUAACAGGGCACAAAUCCCGCCCACCUAACUUGAUGUGUCAGUUUGAUUGGUUGAAAUGUAAAUACAUUUGAAGUAUUAAUUUUACGACAUGAAUUAA